AUGAGCGACAAAACCGACAUUAUAGUCUUCGGCGCAACAGGUUUCACAGGUCGACUGAUCACUGAAUAUCUAGCAACACAUCCCCAGAAAGCUCUGUUCUCGUUAGGCGUUGCAGCUCGAUCCGAGUCUAAACUCCGUGGUGUCUUGCAGGAACUGGGAUUGGGCGAGAGCGGCAUACGUACCGUGACGCUAGACGUGACCGACCCUGACAGUGUAGAAAGGGCUGUGAAGGCGGCUCGGGUGGUCGUGAACACUGUUGGACCGUAUUGGAGAUGGGGGACACCGGUUGUGAGGAGCUGCGUCCGAAACAACGUUCACUACGUGGACUUGACCGGAGAGGGCUGCUGGAUUCAUGAGCUCAUCACUCAAUUCGACUGGCUGGCAACGAAAAACCACACCGUCAUCAUCCCGUCGUGCGGAUACGACUCUAUCCCUUCUGACAUUUCAGCCCAUCUCGCUGUUAAGACUCUCCAUGAACAUGUCGCUGCUAAUCAUCCGGACAUCCUUGCCAGUGUCGGACAUGUUGGUCUCAGCACUUCCAUCAGCGCUCACCGCCUCAAAACAGGAAUUUCGGGUGGAACGUUGGCCUCGUUCAUUACUGCUAUUGAAGAGGUUCCUCCAGAACUCCGUAAAAUAUCCGGAAACCCUUUCUUUAUCAGCCCCAUCAAGGGUACGCCUUUGCCAUUCCCCAAGCUGGUCUACAGUCUGCCCAUACCCGGUGGAAACCCGAUCGUUGGAAGCUUCUUCGUGAUGCGACCAAGCAAUGCAGCCAUUGUCCACCGUACAGCAGGAUUGAUCGAGUUGCAAGCGCGCACCGCUCGUUCAAAAUUGCACCAGGAUCCUAAACUUGAGAUUCAGCGUUACGGUACAUCCUUCGCCUAUGAUGAAUUCUUGGCCGGGCCGUCCAAGUUCUCAGCCUUCUUCUCGUCGAUUUCCCUCAUCUUUGGCCUCCUGCUUGUGAGGCUCUUCAAGCCACUGCGCAGGCUUAUCCUCCAGAAGAUGCCUUCAGGCUCUGGGCCUUCGAUUGACCAAAAGGAAACGGGAUACCUCCACCUCACAAACAUCUCGACUUCAGCCGACAUCCCCUCCCUCCCUCCAGUCAAGGUCAAGACCGACGUGAAGAUCAAGGGUGAUCCUGGCUAUUACAAGACCGCAGUUAUGAUCUCCGAAUCCGCCCUCUCCCUCCUCCUGCCUCCCCCUUCUGCACCUUCGCAUGUGAAAGAAAACUACAACCCCUUCGACGCGUUGCCCAGCAUGGCGAGAGAGGGAGGCAUCUUGACGCCCAUGACAGCCCUUGGUGAUGUUUUGAUCCAGCGACUGAGGGAUACUGGGUCGUUCGAGUUUAGCAGCAGCGUCGUCCAGGAUCCUGAGGAUCGCAAGCGCAUCUGA